UUUGCAGGCACAAGAUUAAGUGCUGUAUAUGCAUAUUUGUUACCACAGUAUAACCAUGAGUCUGUGUAUAAGCAGCCAUACUUCCUCCAUUUGCUACUGUUCUUGCACAAGUAAAAGUCAGAUAAUGCGGAGAUAAGGAAAGAACCCAUGUUUAAGGGCUAAAGCUUUGAAGAUUUUCUAUUCAAGGAGGAAUAACUACAACAUAUUUACAAAACCACAAUUUUUCUUCUUGAAAUACUUUGCACACAGCAAGAACAAUGACUUUAUACUUGUAGCUGGCUUGUACAUCCCCACAGCACUAUAAACCAAACAAGAGGAGGAGGGGGAAGCAGAGAAGGAGGGGUGCUUACAGUUGUUUUUCCUCAGUAGGCGUCCCUCUCUACCACCCAUACAGAGAAAAAAGACUGCAAGGAUCCUGUUAAAACUCAGAAUAUCAUUAUACUGUUUUCUAACUAUAUACCUAUAUUGUGCUCUUUUGGAGAAAACUGCAGAAGCUUCAGGAUCCACUGAACAAGCUCCUUGUCGUGAAACAUUUGGGCUGACAGGGGUGAGACCCUUUUCAGUACCCUCUUGCAUGCCACUACCCAGGAAGAUUCAGACAGUCCCCUGGCAACGUGAGGGUCACAAUGUCUAGCAAUCCCAAGAUGAAGACCUAUCUCUCCAUCUAUUAUCUCUUACAAUUUUGUGGCCACUCCUGGAUCUUUACGAAUAUGACCGCAAGAUUUCUAUUCUUUGGACAAGACGCUUUUGCGGAUACAUUCUAUUCAAUUGGCCUAGUAAUGCAGGGUUGCCAGUUACUUUCUGUGUUGGAGCUGGCACAUAUACUCUUAGGGGUUGAACAGUACAGUUUAUUACCAACAUUUUUUCAGGUGACUGAGAGGCUUAUCAUCUUAUUUGUUGUCAUUACCAGUCAAGAAGAGGUGCAAAGCAAAUACAUUGUUUGUGCGCUGUUUUUCCUUUGGAACUUAUGGGAUGUCAUUAGAUAUCCAUAUGACAUGCUGGCAGCAGUGGGUAUAGAUUAUUCAGCUCUCACACGGCUGAAACACACAUGGUGGAUUCUAGCCUAUCCAUUAUCUGUCUUGGCGGAAGCAUAUACAGUUUAUGAGUCGCUUCCUUACUUUGAAUCUCGUGGCACAUACUCUUUUAAGAUGGAAUCACCAGUUUCACUGUCGUUCCAUUUUCCAUAUAUUUUAACACUGUAUCUAAUUUUCCAGCUGGUUGGAAUGUUCUAUAUAUGCAGCUGUCAAUGGUGGGAAAGAAAACAGUAUUUCCGACGCAAACUGAAACUAAAAAAGACCUAAGAAUUGGCAGGGUUUAAAGGAAAACUUCAACCACUUAUGGCACAAAGAUUUGGCAUGCCUUUCUGCUAAUAUCAGUCUGGAGAAAAAGAAAGCCAACAAUAACUGGUGAAAAUGGAAUAAAUGAUGUGCAGCAAACAUUUUUACUGAGCAAAUUAGAAGCAUAUUAGGGUGAGAUGUGCAAUAUAUUCUGUACAUAAUAGCUGUAAUGAUGUUAUUUUUCCAUAUGAAGAAUAUUCAACUUAAAAUGAACAAAAUACACACUAUGUUCUUGUCUAUGCAAGUGCAGCGCAAGUUUUUAUGAUAGCAUUUACCGUCAGAAAGCAGCAAUCAUCCAGAUGUCAGUACAGCACUCGUACCAGAUUUGCCUCUACAAAAAAACCGUAUUAUGAACAAGUGUCACGUCUUUCUCUAGUACAGGGUUUUAAAAAACAAAAAUUAUUGUAAUAUCUUGAUGUAAGAAACAAGGCAAAUUAUAUUUUAAUAAAGUUUAUGGGUGUUUUUGAGUGA